GACUGAGGGAAAAAAAAAAAAACAAGAGGCGGAGACAUCAGAAGGCUUCACCCCCUUUCAGCCUAAGGCAGCUAGAAGCUAGAACAGCAGCCUUUCCUGCCCAGUUCUCUCCCUUUCCCCAGCUCCUUUUUCAAACUUUCCCCCCUGGAUUUUACCCUCCCAGACCUCUCCCCUCACCCCCAGAGACCCUUGACCCUCCCCACCCGGUUACCCGCCGUGGAAAACUGCAGGUUCUGUUUGCGACCAAAGAAUUCACUCUUGACCCUGCCUUAAAGGUACGGAGGACACACCUAGCAUGGACUCCGGUGUGAUUGAAGGUGGUCUAAAUGUCACACUAACCAUCCGACUACUUAUGCAUGGCAAGGAAGUCGGAAGUAUCAUUGGAAAGAAAGGUGACACUGUGAAGAAGAUGCGAGAAGAGAGUGGUGCUCGCAUUAACAUUUCUGAAGGAAAUUGCCCAGAGAGGAUAAUUACUUUGGCUGGACCCACAAAUGCUAUCUUUAAAGCUUUUGCGAUGAUUAUUGACAAACUGGAAGAGGACAUCAGUGCUUCUAUGACUAACAGUGCAGCUGCUAGCAAGCCUCCUGUCACUUUACGAUUGGUAGUGCCAGCCAGCCAGUGUGGCUCCCUAAUAGGGAAAGGUGGCUGCAAGAUCAAAGAGAUCCGUGAGAUGACAGGUGCUCAGGUUCAGGUAGCAGGUGACAUGCUGCCAAAUUCAACCGAGAGAGCGAUCACCAUUGCAGGCACUACUCAGUCUAUAAUAGAAUGCGUCAGACAAAUCUGUGUUGUAAUGUUAGAGUCGCCUCCUAAGGGUGUUACCAUACCAUACAGACCUAAGCCUACGACAGCUCCAGUGAUCUUUGCUGGUGGUCAGGCCUAUACUAUCCAAGGACAGUAUGCCAUUCCUCAGCCAGAUCUGACUAAGCUACACCAGUUGGCAAUGCAGCAUUCACAUUUUCCUGUGACGCAUGCAGGAAUAGAAACCUCCUCCCAGACAACUACACAUGAACUCACCAUUCCAAAUGAUUUAAUUGGUUGUAUUAUUGGACGUCAAGGUGCAAAAAUCAACGAGAUCCGUCAGAUGUCAGGAGCGCAGAUAAAAAUUGCCAACCCAGUGGAGGGAUCUACUGACCGACAAGUUACAAUAACUGGAACUCCAGCCAGCAUCAGCCUGGCUCAGUAUCUGAUAAAUGCAAGUUUAGAAAAUGCUAAACCCUCAUCCCAGGCUGCCUCCACGGUCCCUGAUCAUCUCAGCAUCAACCUUUCUCAGUCCUCCACCCCUUCUUCUUCCUCCUCAACCCCUUCAUCACUGGCAGCAGCGGGGGGUUCCUCUGAUGCACCCUCAAGCCUUCCCACCCUUCCGACAGCCCCUUGUGUCUCCAGUCUCCUUGGCAUGAAUCCUGUCCCUCUCUUGGCUCUAAAUGUUGUGUCUGCUGCUACGGGGGCCACCGCCACUACAGUGCCAUGUGUUACUAACAAACUGACUGCAUCUAGUGUGGUAAAGAAGUUGGAGAAACGGAGGUUUUCACCUUACUGAAUUGGUGCUUGUUUAUAUAAGGACAGUUAAUUGUCAUCUCAGUAGUAAGAGAUGUAAAAUUUUGAGUCAAGUUUCUGAAGCAGCUGUCUAAAUUUUUUGAAAUGUGAUUAAGUUUCCAAUAUUUGGUGUAUCUCAUCAAAAAUGUAAAGUAUUUUCUUUAGCAUUCCUGUGGCUUCUUGUACUGCAUUUUAGUUAUGAUAUAUUGAUUGUUAUCCAACUGAUAUCUGUAAAUGAUAGUGGUCAUUUUUUUGGAAAUCUGUUAUUUUUUGAUUAGUAAAUGUUUUAUGCUCCCCUCAA